CGCGGCGGCAGGUUGUUAUUCUCGGGGGCUCGGCGCCGGUCGUCCUGCUUCCCUGUCACCGCAAGGGCCAGGCCGCCCACUGCUUCCCGCCGCUGCAGCCUGCGCCGGGGAGUACAAAAGAGCGGAGGGUCGGCUUGACCCAGGGCUGCGAUCCGACACUGCCCGCUCGGCAACCAGCCGCUGCGCAGGAUUCCGGGGAACGUCCGCCUGCCAUGAGCCGGCGGGACUGAGCCGGCGACUCGGAGCAGCGCGGCGAGCGAGCCAGGGCCGGAGCCGGGCUCGGAGAGCGGCCGGGCCACCGGGGCUGCGGACUGGGCUGGGCGAUGAUCCGGGGCGUGGAGGCGCCCAUGGCGGACAACCCGCCGCCGCCGCCCGUCAUCUUCUGUCACGACUCUCCGAAGCGGGUGCUGGUGUCGGUCAUCAGGACGACCCCGAUCAAGCCCACGUGCGGCGGCGGGGGGGAGCCGGAGCCGCCGCCGCCGCUCAUCCCUACCAGCCCCGGCUUCAGCGACUUCAUGGUGUACCCGUGGCGCUGGGGCGAGAACGCGCACAACGUGACGCUCAGCCCGGGGGCCGCAGGGGCCGCCGCCUCGGCCGCCCUGCCCGCCGCCGCCGCCGUUGCCGCCGCCGAGCACCCGGGGCUCCGAGGCCGCUGCGCGCCCCCGCCCGCCGCCUCGGCCGCCGUCGCCUCAGGAGGCGAGGACGAGGAGGAAGCGAGCAGCCCGGACAGCGGCCACCUCAAGGAUGGAAUCCGACGUGGUAGACCCAGAGCAGAUACUGUCCGGGAUUUAAUAAAUGAAGGAGAGCAUUCGUCCAGCAGAAUUCGUUGUAACAUCUGCAAUAGGGUGUUUCCACGGGAGAAAUCGCUUCAGGCCCACAAAAGGACUCAUACAGGUGAGAGACCCUAUCUGUGUGACUAUCCAGACUGUGGAAAAGCCUUUGUUCAAAGUGGACAGCUCAAAACGCAUCAGCGUCUUCACACCGGAGAGAAACCUUUUGUUUGUUCAGAAAAUGGCUGCCUGAGUAGAUUCACCCAUGCAAACCGCCACUGUCCGAAGCACCCGUAUGCCAGGCUGAGGCGAGAGGAGCCCACAGACACACUCAGCAAGCAUCAGGCUGCGGACAACAAGGCUGCUGCAGAGUGGCUGGCAAAGUAUUGGGAAAUGAGAGAGCAGCGCACCCCGACCUUGAAAGGCAAGCUGGCCCAGAAGGCCGACCAGGAGCAGCAGGACCCUCUGGAAUACCUUCAGUCUGACGAGGAGGACGAUGAGAGGAGCGGGGCCCAGCGCCGGCUGCAGGAGCAGCGUGAGCGCCUGCAUGGAGCCCUGGCCCUCAUAGAGCUGGCCAACCUGACCGGAGCGCCGCUCCGCCAGUAGCCAGGAUGCGGACUCCUGCCCUGUGCAGAAGUACUGCCCGGCGUACUUCAAAAGUAGAUCCCUGGGCAUAAGCUAAGCACCUUAUUUGCUUAUCAUAGGCUGCUAUUCUGUAGAAAUUUAUGAAGAAUGUCAUUGCCCCAGAAUAUGGGGUGAGAGAGAAUUGCACUUUUUUUUAUAUGGAAAUGGAUUUGAUGUAAAGCUUAAAAUAUUUUGUAAAUAUGGACUGCACAGUACAGGGUAGAAAACUACAUAUUGUGGGAAGCUAGGUUUUGCAAGUUUAAUGAAUUCAUUGGAAGCAGUUCUCACAGGAAGCACUUUCUGAAUAAGACACUUGUAUGAAAAACAGAAUGGUACAAAUAGCCAAAGAAGGUUGAAAUAGAUUAUUUAUAAGAUCAUUUUAAACAAUGUAUAUGAGUAUGUUUACCAAUACUGUAAACACUGAAGCAAGAAAGCAUAAGAUUAGGUGUGUAAGAUAUAUAUUUUUAAACUGCAAAAUAGUGUGCCCGAUAAGGCUAGAGA